CCGGAUUUGAAAUACAUUUAUUUUUGAUAUGACUACACGGCAUGGUACAGGAUGCAUUCUUACAGAGUGUGGUUUGUGAGGUGAGCGAGCCAUGUAAAGGGAUGAAUGGAGAGGAUGGGUGGGUGGCCGGGUGGAGUUGUGUUCGAGAUGCUUGUGACCGACUUGAGUAUAGGCCUCGUGUGGAAUGCAGUUACUACGGACUAUUUCGGACAGGACAGACAAGCUCUUGCGGCCUUGAAAGCUGUACUGGGCCCCAGGACGAAUAUUGACGGAUUAAGCAAACCCAAUAGGUGGUUCAUGGUUGGAAUUUGGUAUUCCGUCAUACUCAAGGUGGGAUGCUGUACAUGGAUGGGUAUGGCGAAAUGAAGAGUAGGCGGUGGUUGGGAUGAUGAACAGACAGCUCGAACGGGCGAGUAUGAGCAGAUGUGCAAUAGGUAACCUACUACACAUGGUGCCCACACUCGCUACGUGAUUUAGCUGGCUAACUCCAGAGCGUCGUGAUACAAUGCAGACAAGGCGGGUGUGUGCGAAGACCGUGGUAAUGGAGAGUGUUCGCACUAAAGUGGAGAUGUGCCGAGUCAAGAAUCGAAUCUUGGAAUGGAGUGGAAUCUUUGGGGCCACUCCCCCCAUUUAUUCACUCAAAGCGAUGUGCGGAGGAUUACAUCCCGCUUCGUCUGCACAUGUUGCAUUGCUCAGAUUCCUUGCGGCAGGUUUCAGCUUCUCCAAGGUUUGUCUGGCAACAUCAAUAGCUGCUUCCGGAAGACCUAGGUCAAGUCAAU